AUGUGGGGGGAUUGUCUCUAUGAUGUUUUAAAAUAAUUUAGUAUUUAUUAUUUAUAAUCUAUGAUUAUAUAUAUGUACAUCUCCAUACAUGCACUUAAAAUGUCUUGGUAUGAACAUGUGGUACUUUUGCUAGGAUUUUUAAAAAUGGUGUAAUAUUAAUCAUGUAAAAUUAUGAAGACAACAGCAUUCAUUUUGAAAUACUUUGUGUUCCAUAUAUAGAUCUGGCUUUGCUUUAAAAAUAAUUUAUAGUAGCAAUUUUAUGCAUCAUUGCCUUAGGUUUGCCUCAUUCAUUUACCUUCUAUAGUCAUAGCAAAACUAAAGAAGACAUUUCUAUAGUAUAAAAUUUUAUGGCAUUUUAGUUUACAACAGAUUAUAAAGUUAUCUUUAGUUUUAAUGAAGAUUAAAGGGUUUACAGGGAGAUGCACAUUGUAGUUAUCAGGUUUUUUUUACGCCAUUGUCAUUGUCAAUAAUAUUUUUCUUAAUGGUUAUUUCUCUUUGUCCUGUCUAUGUUGCAGCUCCCCACACGAAUACAAAGAAUACAGUAACAUGUCUUUUUGUAAGAUGACAGUUAAUAAUUCUUGUUACCUUCACUAUUACUGCAGUUUAUGCUGACUAUUUAGGCAAAGGAAGGACAUUCUUUCAGGAGUGUUAAAGGAACAUAGAGGGGCUAGAUGUGGUCAAAUGGUGAAAAUGGGGCAAGAAAAAGGGGAAAUGAGUUAGAGGAGACUAAAAGAAAAAAUUGGUAAUUUCAUAAUGACUUUAUCCAUCUUUACCCUUGGGAUCUAGCUUUAUCUUUGAAAUGGAUUUUCUUAUUAGUUUAAACUAUUAUAACAUUAUGUAACAAGCUACAGCAUGGAAGUCACCUUUCUGAUUCGUCUUCACUUGAAAGUAUUUAUUUUGAAAUAUUGAAGGUAUGAGAAACUUGUUUUUCCAGUUUGAUUACUGGAUUCUUUUUAAAUUUUCUUCACAGGUUUUGAUAACACUUGUAAUUUGUAAGUUGUGUAUUAUUAAUAUAGGUAUCACAAGGAACUGAGACAAAAUGAGUUCAUAUAUUCAAAUGUCUCUUGGGGAUGUUUACGACCUUUUCCUCUUCUAACCUUGAGAAUAUGGAAUUCUGAAGUGUGGUACUGGAAUGAUGAUUAAUGUAGACCAGUCAUCUGUAAUCAUUUGUGUAAGGGAGAAAGGAGAAUAUCUUUACAUAGGACUUCCAAUAGUAGUCAGACAUUAUCAUCCUGCCAUACAAUGGAGCCAUGUUCAUCAGAUGAAUUUUUCCAGGCCCUUAAUCAUGCUGAGCAAACAUUUAAAAAGAUGGAAAAUUAUUUGAGACAUAAACAGUUGUGUGAUGUAAUUCUAGUUGCUGGUGAUCGCAGAAUUCCAGCCCACAGAUUGGUGCUCUCCUCUGUCUCAGAUUAUUUUGCUGCCAUGUUUACUAAUGAUGUCAGAGAAGCAAGACAAGAAGAAAUAAAAAUGGAAGAUGUAGAACCAAAUUCACUAUGGUCCUUAAUUCAGUAUGCAUAUACAGGCCGACUUGAAUUGAAAGAAGAUAAUAUUGAGUGCCUGUUAUCUACAGCUUGCCUUCUUCAGCUUUCGCAGGUUGUAGAAGCAUGUUGUAAGUUUUUAAUGAAACAGCUUCACCCAUCCAACUGUCUUGGAAUCCGUUCUUUUGCUGAUGCACAAGGUUGUACAGAUUUGCAUAAAGUGGCUCACAAUUAUACUAUGGAGCAUUUCCUGGAAGUAAUUAGAAACCAGGAAUUUGUAUUAUUACCAGCCAGUGAAAUUGCAAAGCUCUUGGCCAGUGACGACAUGAACAUUCCUAAUGAGGAGACAAUAUUGAAUGCACUUCUUACUUGGGUUCGUCAUGAUUUGGAACAGAGACGGAAAGAUCUCAGUAAACUUUUGGCUUAUAUUAGGCUCCCCCUUCUUGCACCACAGUUCCUGGCAGAUAUGGAAAAUAAUGCACUUUUUCGAGAUGAUAUAGAAUGUCAGAAACUCAUUAUGGAAGCAAUGAAAUACCAUUUAUUACCAGAGAGACGGCCCAUGUUACAAAGUCCUCGGACAAAACCUAGAAAGUCCACUGUUGGUACAUUAUUUGCAGUUGGAGGAAUGGAUUCAACAAAAGGAGCAACAAGCAUUGAAAAGUAUGAUCUCCGUACAAAUAUGUGGACUCCUGUAGCAAAUAUGAAUGGGAGGAGGCUGCAGUUUGGUGUUGCGGUGUUAGAUGACAAACUGUAUGUGGUUGGAGGAAGAGAUGGACUGAAGACUUUGAAUACAGUAGAGUGCUACAACCCGAAAACAAAAACUUGGAGUGUGAUGCCUCCGAUGUCCACACAUAGGCAUGGCCUUGGUGUGGCCGUAUUGGAAGGUCCCAUGUAUGCAGUAGGAGGGCAUGAUGGCUGGAGCUAUCUGAAUACAGUGGAAAGAUGGGACCCUCAGGCUCGCCAGUGGAAUUUUGUUGCCACCAUGUCCACCCCUAGGAGCACAGUAGGUGUGGCAGUACUAAGUGGAAAACUUUAUGCAGUUGGUGGUCGUGACGGAAGUUCUUGUCUCAAAUCAGUAGAAUGUUUUGAUCCUCAUACCAAUAAAUGGACACUCUGUGCACAAAUGUCAAAAAGGAGAGGUGGAGUAGGAGUAACUACGUGGAAUGGCUUGCUCUAUGCCAUUGGAGGACACGAUGCUCCUGCAUCUAACUUAACUUCCAGACUCUCAGACUGUGUGGAGAGAUAUGAUCCCAAAACAGAUAUGUGGACUGCUGUGGCAUCUAUGAGCAUCAGCAGAGAUGCAGUGGGGGUCUGUUUACUUGGUGAUAAACUAUAUGCUGUCGGAGGGUAUGAUGGACAGACAUAUCUGAAUACAGUGGAGGCUUAUGAUCCUCAGACAAAUGAGUGGACCCAGGUUGCUCCGCUGUGCCUAGGAAGAGCUGGGGCUUGUGUUGUGACUGUAAAAUUAUAAUUUAGUGCUUUGUUUCCUAAAUGAAGAUAUCCUCCUCCUUUUUGAAUCUGAUUCAGUUGUCCUGCUGUCAGUGGAUACAUUUCUACUAAAUUUGCAGUGCUGCGUUCCUGGGCACAAAGUGCCUGAUCUCAAAGUGAAGAUGUUAAAACAAGGGAGGAAGGUGUAAACAGCCAGGAUUAAAUACUUUCAUUUUCUAAGUAAAUCAAAACUACAGCUGGUGGAUUGUGAACAUAUGUUCCUGAUACAAAAUAUGAGGACAAGUGCACUGCUCUAAAAUGUAACCCAGUGUUAACUGGGAAUUUCAUUUAUUCAUAGUCAAGCACAUUUUAUUCUCAUUAUCCAAAUUUCUUUUAUUAAAGUGAAAACACAACCAGAUAGAACUUCUAAAGUUCUGCUUCAUAACUUUUUUAUCAUACGUGAGUUGCAGUAAUUUUUGUUUGUUUGUUUCCUUGUUUAUUUACCCACAACCACUAUUUUAAUGAUAUACUAAAGACUAUAUACUGUGUAGUAUUUUCAGAAACAGCUGCAUUAUAGUACUCUAGUUGUAGUUUUUACUUUUAAAAUUGGCUUAGUGCAAUAAGUAAAGAAAAGCAUUAAAGAGUGAAAAGAAUAAUGACCAAAUAAAAACUUGAUACAAUCUUUGGAAACUAUUUAAAUAUUCAUUCCAUUACAUUUAGACUUACCAAGAACUACAUAUUAUGAUAUUCUUAAAUUGAAACAUGGUAUUUUGCAUUAAAUUUAAGAUAUGCAAAUUUAUGUAGAGAAAAUAAAUGUUAUAUACCUUAUAAAUGUUCUUUCACCUAACUAGUAUUUAAUUCUGAGGAUUUGUUUUCCUUUAUAAAAAUUUAUUUUGAUUUUAUGUUUUGAUAUUGACACAAUUGCUUAUAUAUUCUUACGUUCUCAAGUCUGUAUUUGCCUCCCCUCCCUUGCUUCUUAUGUUUUGUCAUAUAGUAACCCAUUGUGUUUGUUUGUAAUCAAACAGUUUUGCGGGAAUGGGCUUAUUGAAUGUUUGAAAAAUAAGUUUAAAGGGUUUGUUACCCCAAGUUUUGUACAUUUGUAAACUCUAAUUACAUAUGUGAAUGUUAAUACUCUCAGUGAAUUAUUUAUUGUUUGCAAAAUGCACUGGGCAGUAACAUUUUGUGAUAAACCUGCAUCAUAUAAGUCAUUAACUUAUAUCGUAACAUAAAAUGUGUAUAAACUAAAUUCUCAUCUUUUAA